GGCGGUGUGGUCCCAGAAACCGACUUAAAGGUUCAAACUUCAAAGGAAAGUAGCUAUGCUAUGCUAUGCUAUGCUAUGCUUACCAAAUCAAGUACUGUAUAAAUAAAUACUACACACACCCUUGUCUCGCAGGUGAAAUUCGCGCUGUCGAAAUGACUUCCAACACCACUUCUGGAAAUGUUUGCUCACCACCGAUGCAGUCCACAUCUAAUGGUGUAUUUCAAGGAGAUAACCCUCUUGAUUUUGCACUUCCCUUGGCUAUUUUGCAGAUAUGCCUUGUUCUUGUAGUCACAAGGGGAUUGGCUUAUCUUCUAAAACCUUUAAGGCAACCGCGAGUUAUUGCAGAGAUUGUUGGAGGAAUACUACUCGGGCCAUCAGCUCUUGGACGGAAUAAAAGCUAUCUGCAUGCAGUUUUCCCACCCAAGAGUCUUACAGUAUUAGAUACUCUAGCAAACCUUGGCCUUAUAUUCUUUCUAUUUUUAGCCGGCAUAGAGUUAGAUCCUAAAUCUCUGCGAAAAACUGGAGGUCGAGUCCUUGCAAUUGCUAUUGCCGGAAUAAGCUUACCGUUUGCACUAGGAAUUGGUUCAUCAUUUGUACUGCAAGCAACGAUUGCUAAAGGUGUAAAUACUUCUGCGUUUCUCGUAUAUAUGGGAGUUGCUCUGUCUAUAACUGCGUUUCCUGUAUUAGCCCGUAUUUUGGCCGAGUUAAAACUUCUAACCACUGGUGUCGGCAGAAUGGCUAUGUCGGCUGCAGCGGUUAAUGAUGUAGCAGCCUGGGUUCUUCUUGCUCUGGCUGUUGCCUUAUCAGGCAAUAGCCAAUCUCCAUUUGUGUCAUUGUGGGUUUUCCUAAGUGGGUGUGGUUUUGUCGUUUGUUCAAUCCUCAUUGCCCUUCCAAUUUUCAAAUGGAUGGCACAACAGUGCCAUGAAGGUGAGCCAGUCAAUGAGUUAUACAUAUGUGCUACAUUAGCUGCUGUUCUGGCUGCUGGGUUUGUCACUGAUACUAUUGGAAUUCAUGCCAUGUUUGGCGCAUUCGUUUUUGGAAUUUUGAUUCCAAAAGAUGGACCAUUUGCUGGUGCUCUCGUGGAGAAAAUAGAGGAUCUUGUGUCUGGUCUCUUGCUCCCACUCUAUUUUGUGUCUAGUGGAUUGAAAACCGACGUAGCCACCAUUCAGGGGCUGCAAUCAUGGGGUCUUCUAGUUUUCGUUACAUUUACAGCUUGUUUUGGGAAGAUUGUUGGAACUAUUGUAGUCUCUCUUUUAUGUAAAGUGCCUUUUAAUGAGUCUUUAGUGCUUGGAUUCUUGAUGAACAGUAAAGGCUUGGUCGAACUAAUUGUCCUCAACAUCGGUAAAGAUAGAAAGGUUUUGAAUGAUCAAACCUUUGCAAUCAUGGUUCUUAUGGCUCUCUUUACUACCUUCAUGACCACUCCUCUUGUGCUGGCUGCGUAUAAGAGGAAGGCAAGAAAAUCUGAUUACAAAUACAGAACAAUCGAAAGGAAAAAUGCAGACAGCCAACUGAGGAUUCUUGCCUGUUUCCAUGGUUCAAGGAAUAUUCCGUCAAUGAUAAAUUUGAUUGAGACUUCAAGAGGAAUCAGGAAGCAUGACGCACUUCGUGUGUAUGCUAUGCACCUUAAAGAAUUUUGCGAGAGGUCCUCAUCAAUAUUAAUGGUACAGAAGGUUAGAGAAAAUGGGUUGCCGUUUUGGAAUAAAGGUCGCUGUGGAGAUUCUGUCCAUGUUCUUGUGGCGUUUGAGGCUUACCAGAAACUAAGCCAAGUGUAUAUCCGGCCAAUGAUAGCAAUCUCCUCAAUAGCUAACAUUCAUGAAGACAUAUGUGCAACUGCUGAAAGAAAGAGAGCUGCAAUCAUCAUUCUCCCAUUUCAUAUGCAACAUAGAUUAGAUGGUUCAGUAGAUAUUAUAAGAAAUGAUUUUCGAUAUGUAAACAAAAGGGUACUUGAGCAUGCACCAUGCUCAGUUGGAAUUUUUGUUGAUCGCGGGCUUGGUGGUAGAUGUCAUGUGCCUGCAAGUAAUGUUUCCGUUUGCAUUGCUGUUCUUUUCUUUGGUGGUGGUGAUGACCGCGAAGCUCUUGCUUAUGCAGCUCGUAUGGCCGAGCACCCUGGAAUACGAUUAGUGGUUACUCGCUUCUUAGUGGAGCCUAAUAUUGCAGGUGAGAUUACGACAGUUGACAUUGGAGACUCUUCUAGCAGUAAUUCAAUCUCAGAGGAUGAGGAAUUCCUUGCGGAAUUUAAGCUGAAAACAGAAAGUGAUGACUCCAUUAUCUACGAAGAAAAAAUAGUAAAAGAUGCUAUAGAAACAGUCGCUACUAUACGCAAGUUUAAUUCCUGCAAUCUGUUUCUUGUUGGUAUAAGGCCAACCGGUCAAUUGGUCUGUGCUCUGGAAAGAAGCGAGUGCUCGGAACUAGGACCUAUUGGGGGCUUGUUGGCAUCCCAAGAUUUCCCCACAACAGCAUCAGUUUUGGUGAUGCAACAGUAUCCCAAUCGAGUACCAACAAAUUCUGGCUCAGAAAUGGAGGAACAUUCACCUUAUGUAGACACAGAAUCUUCUUAACGAUUCUGUGCUAUUAUUGCUGCGGAGUGCACAAGAGUGGAUUGUUCUACGGAAGGGAAUAAAGUAUUCUAACCUGCAUUGUACCCAACUCGCGACACAAAUAAGAAAGUUUAUUUGACUAAAAUAUGUUAGGUGUCCAACAUGUUUUUCUACUCAACUAAAUAAAUAUAAGUCAUGUAUAUUUUUUGUUGUUAUGAUUAUUGUAUUUGAUUUUUAUCAUUGAUCAUGAGAUUUUCCUGUCUACUUAAAAGCUUAGUUUUGUUGGUUUAUAUAAAUAACUUGGUUUGAUGGUACAUUUAGAGGUAUGUUUGUGAUAGGUCUUUUAACAAGUUUCUAGUCACAGCAACAAUAUUGUUAGGCAUUUGGGAAUCUAGUUGGAUUUGAUCACACUCUCACACUUGUAGUUAUUAGGGAACAUAGCCAGAUAUCUUUGGUAAAACUGGUGUAACAAUGGUGUAGGGGGUUUCCAAACUGAUGCAGCCAUAAAUCCUAUGAACAGGUUACAGUAAGCUUUCUUUCUUCCAUGUCAAAGCUAGGAAUAGUUACUAAAGUUGAUGCAUUUCUUUUUAGUAUAUUUGUAAAGUUGUGCAUACUCAUAUGUAAUUGAAUCCAUAAUGCAAAAAAAUGCCAUCUCAUAAUUACUAUUUCCC